AUGUUUGAUUCAGGAGAAUGCAUCGAAUUUCUAUUCAAAGGAUGCGGAGGAAACCAAAAUCGUUUCACUUCGAAGGAGGACUGCUUACAAGGAUGUAGGAGUCUCACUCUUUGCGGAAAAGGACUUCCACUCAUGGAUUUUGCUGGAAAUAUUAAACGUUGCGAAGCUGAUAGAGUACCCUGCCCGGGCUCUCAUGAAUGCAUCGGACGUGGAAUGGAAUCAGUGUGUUGUCAGAAAGCAGAUCGCAUAUGCCACACCUCAGUGCACGCUGGUUCUCCAUGUGGAGCUCCACCUCAGCGAAGAUAUUACUACGACGCUUCCUCAAAACUCUGCCGUUCGUUCACGUUUACUGGUUGCGGUGGAAACGAGAAUAAUUUCAAAACAAAAGGCGAAUGUACACAGUUUUGCAGUAGCGAAGUAAUUUGUCCUCGAGGCGAUCCGCAUCCUGAUCGGUAUUCCAUCAAUAAAAUUGCUACUUGUCACGAAGACAAGCACUGUCCGAGAAACUACACAUGCACGGCGAAGAUCGGAUUGAAAGGAGCAUGCUGUCCAAGUAGAGAUUUUGUCUGCGGCUCUCCACUGAACGAACGGCCGAAUCGUCGAAGUUUCCUGAAGGAAUUUGUGUGGACAUUCAAUUAUAGGACUGGGGAAUGUGAAAAACGCGAACACACAGCUGGAGAUGAGCAGUGGAACGCAUUUGCAAGCGAGGAUCAGUGUUUUGACUUUUGUGUAGGUAGUUGCCCAAAUGGGCUCGAACAGCACUACAAUCCGAUUACUGGUAAACCACAACUCUGCGAUGCAAAAGCCAAAAUCGGAUGUCCAAUAGGCUAUGAAUGUGUUAAAACUUCUCCGUUCGCAGCGAUCUGCUGUCGCACGACUCCAGUAUGUCCUGCCGCGGAGUCUAUCGCUCUUCUAGAAAAGGGACAGCCGAAACGAUGCGAUCCAGGCCACCACGAUUCGUGCCCCGGACAGUACUCAUGUCAGCAGGCAGAUAAUUUGGAGCACAUUUGUUGCACUCGGCCGCUUGAAUGUCCGAUUGGUAUGAGAGCGCUCAGAGAGAACGGCGGACGCCCGAGAGCUUGCUCAUUAGGAGUUCAGGGUAAUUGCCCCGAUGAUCAUCUUUGUGUUUUAGGAGAAGGGACGGCCAUAGGAAGUGGAGCACGACAUCUAUGUUGCCGACCUGAAAAGGUGUGCAUCGUUCCUUACGUGGACAUUACGAAAAAGCGACCGCAGCGCUGCUUUCCUGGUGAUUCUGUAUGCCCUCUGUCGACGUCGUGCCUCCCAAUAUUGGAAGAGAACGCCACGAUAACCAAUGCUGCUGAUGUUCUCUAUUUCUGUUGCCACACAGUUGAUGUCUUUACAUGCCCUGAUGGCCGCAUGCCUGUGAUGGAUAAGAACACAAGAAAACCCAUGAGAUGUUCGCGCUCAAAUCCAAUGUCAUGUUCAUCGGAUUACGUCUGCGAACGACUGAUAGACGGGUCAAAUGCUUGCUGUCCAAAUCCACUAACUGAACAAACCUGUAUUGAAGCAGUAGUCAGUAAGGACAACUCAUCUAUUCCUUGCAAGGGAUGGGAUGACAACUCGUGUCAAGAAGGUAAAUGCCGACAAGCAGUUGAUGGAAAGUAUUAUUGCUGUCGAUCGGCUUCCGAUGCUAGUAGUGACCCACAGUUCACUGCUAUGAGAUCGGAAUUACUUCAGACAACCUUCAGGAGUAAAUUCUACAACGACGUUAACCGAAUCAAUCGUGCACCAUAUGUGCCUUUGAUAAGUGAUUCAAAAGUAUCUUUUGGCCCAGCUUCAAUCGCAAGAAGGAUAACGAGACCACCUUCAAGAUUCUUCGAAAACACCAGCACAUCACGAAGACCCGUACCGUACUACCUCAGAAGGCUUCAACAUCUUCGUAAUGCCAUUACGGUCUAA